ACGUCUUGGAGGGGCAGGUUCUGGGGAGGUCAAAGUGGGAUUCGUGGAGCUCGGACUCUGGGCAGCGUGUAUCCGGGAAGCAGAAACUGAAGGCGCCUGGAGAGAAACAUUUAGAAGACUAGACUUUGGGGCUAGGCAGGGUCCUGCAGUACCGGCCCAAGAAAUGCGUGCCUUGGACUGGUUAUUUGGGUAAUUUAUAGUUUGGAGGAACGCUCACCACUAUCUCACUUCCUACACAGGCUCACUACGCAUGCGCGACCAACGGUUUGUGGGCACGUAGGGCCGAGGCGGAAGUGGGAGUGGGCGGAGCCUCCGGCAGUCCUUUCAUCCUGCCAAGCGCUUCACCCCGUGCGGUUCUUUUGCGAGAGCGGCGGGGCGCUGCCUGGAGGCUGGGUGUGGCUGACGCCUGCGGUUUCCUGUGGGAGGAAGUGGCUGCUAUGCAGAGCUCCUCCGGGGCCUGGGCGGGGGAGAUCCCGCCACCACCCUUGGUUUCCAGAUACUUAAACUUCUACGGGUCUGGGGAUUCCCUAAACGCCUCCUCCAGGUACCCUAGUACCGCACUGUUCCAGCUCUUUGAAGGGGUGUUAAAUCUGUUCCAGGCCUCUUCUGCCAGUUAGCAUCUUCCUUGCUCCUGGCUCCAACACUCCUCGCAGUCCUGGGAUGCAGCCUCCUGUCGCUGCAGUCCCAGAGGAGUACAAGACUGCACCCCAGGCCCUCAGUUUUACCCUCAGUAACCCACUCUACUUCGUCGAGGCUCAGAGUUAGACUUCCCCAAGUCUGUGCUCCCCCCCUCACGACCACCCCCCCAACCCCGCCACCCUCAUUUAGGAUUCCAAACUUUAGCUUUGGGACUCAGUGGGCCCAAGUAUUUGCCCUUUCUCCAAUUACUAGAGCCUCUGAGCCAGAGCGCCCCGGACUCCACUAGGAGCCCCAAUGCCUGCUGUAAGCUGCACACCUCAACCCCUGGCACCCUGGCAUCCCUACACCCAAAGUGUCUGAAAUGUUCUGGUGGAAGAUCCACCUCAAACUCUCCUCCCCCCAUCUCUUUCCCUAAACCCGCCAAACACAGCUCCUCCCCCAGAGAGGCUGAAGACCACUCCCACAGGGUACAUAGAGCUGCAUCCCAGAAAACAGACACGUGGUUCUUCCGGCCUCUCAUCCCUGUCUCCUCUCACCUGGGAACGCUUUUCCCAUUAAAACAGGCUUUUCCUAAUUUGGUCUAGUUUGGAUUGCUGGGUUGGUGCACAAAAGACUUGUCACCCACUACACUAGCCCUCCUUUACAGAUGAAGAAAAAACCAUAGAGGUCAUUAGUAACUUGCCCAGCAUCACGGAGCCAGUGAGUGGCUCCAGAGUCUACUGUAUGGUGUCCAGUUCCUGGUCUCUCAAUCACCAGCCUAGCCAGCUCUCACCUCGAGGCUUAUAGAUCAUCACACCCAGCUCUGGCCCCGUCAGAUGCCCACACAUCCAUCAUCCAGGUCCCCAGCCCUUACUUCAUCAGAACCAGGACUUGGUCCCCUGCCGAGGAAUGCAGAUAUACUCAGUCAUCAUCCACACCACCUAAGCCAGUGUCCUGAGAAUAAAUAAGGGCAGUUCACAUUACAGCCCAGGGGGCACAGUGCUGUGAGAAUUCUAAUGGCCUCCCACAACACUUACAGUAAAAGCCAGGUUCCUCCAUGAAUGUUCAAGGAAAUCCUCUGAUGUCCCUGCUCGCCACACCCUGGGCUCCCUGGGCUCCAGCCACACUGGCCCUUCUGUCUGCUUCCCACACAACAGGAGCUUGUUCUCCAGGCCUGAACAAUUUUCUUUUCUCUGUAGUGUCCAAAUGACUCCUUUCCUUGAAUCUCAGAAUCACAUCCUCCAAGAGGCCUUUCAGGAUUAUCUUGUUUUACUUAGCCCCCACCCAUCCACCCACCUAGUCAUUAUUUCCAUCACUCUAUUUUCUUUACUGACUGUAUAUUGUACCCACUAUACAGAUUUGCAAACUGAGGCCCAGAGAAGUGAAAUAAUCUACCCAAAGUCACACAACCAGAAAAUGGUGGCACUAGAAAAAGGAUACAUCCUGCUCCUUUCCAUAGAUUCAUACUUUUUGUCCCAGCUCAGAGUUAGCCCAAAGUUUGAUCUAUGUCACAGGAGUCUGGCCUUCUGCAGACUCAUGUGUCAUACACUCUGCCCCAAACUCCAUCAAAGAGAGAAGGCAUCUGGUCCAAGGAGGUAAGGUGCCCCACCCCAGGGCCCCAAAGACUUCUCAUCUGAGCCCUAAAAGGAGGUCCCAGAACAUGCCCACUGUAUGACUGGGUGGGCAGAGAAAUAAGGAACCAAGUUCUUGUGCCCUCCCCUGGCUGCAGAGCUCAGCUGGGCGAGGCCAAAGUGGAUAUAAAAGGGUUGGUAUAUAUUGAGAGUUAAGAGAAGCAAAAACCACCAGAAGAGGGAGAGAAAGGAGAGAGGGGGGAAGGAGAGGAAGAAGGGUCUGUCCCCCUGCUCUGAGCCAGGCAUCUGGUGGCCAUGUCACUCCUCCUGUUAGUGGUCUCUGCCCUUCACAUCCUCAUUCUCAUCCUGCUUUUUGUGGCCACUUUGGACAAGUCCUGGUGGACUCUCCCAGAGAAGGAGUCCCUGAACCUGUGGUAUGACUGCACUUGGAACACCACCACCCAAACAUGGGCCUGCAGUAAUGUCAGUGAGAAUGGCUGGCUGAAGGCAGUGCAGGUACUCAUGGUGCUCUCUCUCAUCCUCUGCUGCCUGUCCUUCAUCCUCUUCAUGUUCCAGCUCUACACCAUGCGAAGAGGGGGGCUUUUCUACGCCACCGGCCUCUGCCAGCUUUGCACCAGUGCAGCCGUGUUCUCUGGGGCACUGAUCUACGCCCUCCAUGCUCAGGAGAUCCUGAAGAAGCACCCACCUGGCGGUAGCUUCGGUUACUGCUUCGCCCUGGCCUGGGUGGCUUUCCCACUCGCCCUGGUCAGUGGCAUCAUCUACAUCCACCUGCGGAAACGUGAAUGAAUGCUGUGUCCCCUAGAAAAUAAAUCCGUUUAACCACGA